AGGGUGCAAGGUGCAAGCAUCAUGAAUUGCGUGAUAUUAAAUGCAAUCCGUAACGUUCAGGCAAGAAGAAACAUGGCUUACCGCUUUUGCUCUAGCACUAAUGGAUCCGAUGCAACGGUGAACAAGGACACCAGUAUACCAGAGCUCCCUCCCGAACCCACCACAUGCUGCAUGUCCGGGUGCCAGAAUUGUGUGUGGAUACAGUACGCUGCCGAUCUGACCAAAAUGCUCGACGAUGGAGGCGAAAAGGCACGCGAAAUUGUGCUGGAAAAGAUUUCCGAUCCUAGCUUGAAAAUGUUUUUAAAAAUGGAACUGCAAAACAUACAGCCGACAAAGACGGAGGACCCUACGUGA